CGGUCUGCCAUCAUGGUGUUCAAGCGCUUUGUCGAAAUUGGCCGUGUCGCCUACGUUGCCUUUGGGCCCCAUGAAGGCAAACUGGUGACCAUUGUAGAUGUGAUUGAUCAGAACAGGGCACUGGUGGAUGGCCCCUGCACUGGUGUGAAGAGGCAGUCAAUGCCAUUCAAGUGCAUGCAGCUCACUGAUUACGUCAUCAAAGUUCCCCACAGCGCUCGACAGAAGUUUGUGAGGCGUGCCUGGGAGAAAGCUGCGAUCAGCCAGAAUUGGGCUGAGAGCAGCUGGGCCAAGAAAAUCGAAGCCAGGAAAAAGAGGGCCAAGAUGACCGACUUCGAUCGCUACAAGGUCAUGAAGGCCAAGAAAAUGAGGAACAAGAUCAUCAAGCAUGAAGCAAAGAAACUCCAGAAAGCUGCAGCAGCCGCAGCUAAAAAGGCCUAAAUCAUAAUCAAUAAAUGUGUUAAAACACUU